ACAAAAUUACCAACCCUCAACAAAACCCUAUAUUUCUUAAUCUCUGUUAGCGCAUCCCAUCCGCACUGCAUCUGCAAUCGAGUCAUCUGGUCUGAGAGAUUUCAUGGAACUGCAUUUAGUGAAGCACUGCCUAAAAAGCAUGUUAUAUGUAACAAGGCAUCAUGCAAUCAUAAAACUUCCUCGCGUCCCUAUGCCAUCGCCUGCUUUCCGUGUUUUUCUGCCACAACAGCAUCUUCAUUCCAACACUCAAAAUGCCUACAAAUUUGAUAGUAUUCAUGAUGCUGUGGCUUUAUUUCAUCGCAUGGUCGAUAUGAAGCAUCCCCGCCCAUCCGUUGUUGAACUCACCAAUAUCUUAGCAACAGUUGUAAAGAUGGAUGACUAUGCCACACCUAUUUCUCUUUACACUCAUAUGGAAUCUAAGGGCAUCUUGCCUUCUACACUUACUUUGAACAUCUUGAUGAAUUGUUACUCUCAUUUGGGUCACAUGGCUUCUGCUUCCUCUGUAUUGGGUAAGUUUUUUAAGUUGGGCUAUGAACCAGAUAUUGUCUCAUUGAUUUCACUAUUGAAGGGGUUCUGCAUCAAUGGGAAGGUGUUGGAUGCACAUGAAAUUGCACGAGGAUUUCACUGUGAUCAAGUUAUGUAUGAAACCUUAACCACUGAUCUUUGUAAGUCCGGUGAAACCCUACUUGUCAUUCAAAUGCUUCAUGAAAUAGAUAAGCCCAACCUUUUAAUCUGCAAUAGAAUCCUUGAUUAUUUGUUCAAACAUAGACGCCUAAUCAAGGUACUGGAUUUGUUUUCUGAUAUGAGAAAUCACAUGAUCUUCCCAGAUGUUUGUACCUUCAACAUAAUAUUGAAUUUUUUUUGUCUAAAAAGUAAAGUGGAUAUGGCCAGAGAGUUAUUUGAUGGGAUGAUUGAAUGUGGUUUUACACCUGAUGUUUGGAGCUAUCUCAUCAUGAUUAAAGGCUACUGCAAGGUUAAAAGAAUCGUUGAAGCUUUGCAUCUAUGGCAAGAUAUGCUUUUGAAGAAGAAUUUACCUCGAAACACGCUCACCUACAAUAUCAUGUUAGAUUCUUUAUGCAAAACACAACAUCUUAAUCUGGCAAGAAAAUUAUUUGAUAUCAUGAUUGAAAAUGAUGUUUCACCUGAUGUUUGGAGCUAUCUCAUCCUGAUUAAAGGCUACAGCGAGAUUGAAAGAUUCGAUGAAGCUGAGGAUCUAUGGGAAGAUAUGCUUUUUGAGUUGAAUUUAGCUCCAAAGACGGACGCCUACGAUUUCACAUCAGAUUGUUUAUGGAAAUUGCAACAACUUUGAUGUGGCAAGAAACUUAUUUGAAAUGAUGAUUUGGGGGGGGGGGGGGGAGGGGGGCACCUGAUGUUUGGUGUUACCACAUCAUGAUUAACUUAAGUGUUUUUUCCAGAAUGAAAGAGUAGAUGAAGCUAUGAGUCUUUAUGUAGAGAUGUGUUUCAAAAAAAUAAUUCCAAAUAGAGGAACCUACAAGCAUGUUGUCUGUUUGCCUUGCAAAUGAAUUUCCCUUUAUGAUGCUUCCAAAGUUGCAAACUAAUAAUCUAGGUUGUUAUGUAAUGGUAGAGAAAGACACGUUGCAAAAGGAUUUGCCUUUAUAAACCCCUCCAAAGUUGCAAACUGUCAAUUUAGAUUUGAUAUAAUGAUAGACUGGGAUAUGGUUCAUAUACUUUUUGAUGCCAUUUAGGCCUGGAUUACCGAACUGGCCCAUGAAUUUGAUA